AUGGACAUAGAUGAGGCCGCAAUCGACGAAGGUCUCUACUCUCGUCAACUCUAUGUGCUUGGACAUGAAGCCAUGAAGCGCAUGGCGGCCUCCAACGUAUUGAUCGUUGGAGUGAAAGGUCUGGGCGUCGAAAUUGCCAAGAAUGUUGUAUUAGCUGGUGUCAAGUCUGUCACAAUCUUUGAUCCCGAACCAGUACAAGUGCAAGAUCUCAGCACACAGUUUUUCUUACGCGAGGACGAUAUUGGAAAGCCACGUGCAGAAGCAGCUGUUCGCCGACUCGCUGAACUGAAUGCUUAUGUACCAGUGCGUAAUCUUGGCGGUCAGCCAGGCAAGGAAAUAUCGGUAGACCAGAUUGCUGGCUUUCAAGUCGUAGUCCUGUGUGGCGCUACUCUGCAAAAGCAGCUUGAAAUUAACAAUUGGACACACGAGAAUGGCGUUCACUUCAUCGCCGCUGAUACGCGUGGUCUCUUCGGUACGGUGUUCAACGACUUUGGGUCGAAAUUCACAUGCGUAGAUCCAACUGGGGAGCAACCGUUGAAUGGAAUGAUCGUAGAGGUUUCUCAAGACGAGGAAGGUCUUGUAACAUGCCUAGAUGAGACGCGUCAUGGACUAGAAGAUGGCGACUUUGUCACAUUCACCGAAGUUCAGGGCAUGCCUGAGUUGAAUGGAUGCGAACCUCGAAAGGUCACGGUUAAAGGUCCCUACACGUUCGCCAUUGGCGAUACAUCCAAGCUGAGCGCGUAUCAGAGGGGCGGUAUCUUUACUCAAGUCACGAUGCCUAAGCUGCUCGAGUUUAAACCUCUCAGAGAGUCUCUCAAGUCCCCAGAGUUCUUUAUCACCGACACUGCGAAGUGGGACCGCCCUGCUACGCUUCAUGCAGGUUUCCAGGCUCUUUCGGAAUUCCAGGCGAAAUAUCAACGACUUCCCCGUCCUCGGAAUUCUGAAGAUGCGGCGACGCUUGUGGCCCUUACGAAGAAAAUAGAGCCAGAGAUUGAUGAGAAAGUAAUCACCGAGCUGGCGUACCAAGCCACUGGCGAUGUGUCUCCAAUUGUGGCUGUUAUUGGAGGUUUCGUAGCACAAGAAGUCCUGAAAGCUGUAUCCGCGAAGUUCCACCCGAUGGUGCAACACUUGUACUUCGACUCUCUGGAAUCUCUUCCCGACGCUCUUCCGACUGAGGAAGACUGUCAACCCCUUGGCUCCCGAUAUGAUGCUCAAAUCGCUGUCUUCGGAAAAACUUUCCAGGACCAGAUAAGUAAUCAUCGCCAGUUCCUCGUCGGCUCAGGUGCCAUUGGUUGUGAGAUGUUGAAGAACUGGAGUAUGAUGGGUGUCGCUUCAGGGCCAAACGGUGUUAUUCACGUCACGGAUCUUGAUACCAUUGAGAAGAGCAACCUUAACCGUCAGUUCUUGUUCAGAGCGAAGGAUCUUGGCAAAUUCAAGUCCGAAGUCGCUGCUGCGGCUGUUGCGGACAUGAACCCUGAUUUGAAGGGUAAGAUCGUGAGCAAGCAAGAGCCAGUGGGUCCGGACACCGAGAAUGUAUACGGACCGUCAUUCUAUCAAAGUAUUGACGGUGUCACCAACGCAUUGGACAACAUCAGAGCUCGUCAGUACAUGGAUCAGCGAUGUGUUUUCUACCUGAAGCCUCUUCUCGAGUCGGGAACCUUGGGGACCAAGGGAAACACGCAGGUCGUCAUUCCUCAUGUCACGGAGUCCUACUCCUCUUCGCAAGACCCACCAGAGAAGGAGACGCCUUCAUGCACCGUCAAGAACUUCCCGAACGCAAUCCAGCAUACCAUUGAGUGGUCAAGAACGGAGUUCGAUAACCUGUUUGUCAAACCUGCACAGGCUGUAAACGCGUAUCUAUCUGAACCAAACUAUCUGGAGAACAACCUCAAGUACUCCGGUCAACAGAAGGAGCAGAUCGAACAGAUUGUUUCGUACCUGGUCACCGACAAGCCCCUCACGUUCGAGGAAUGCAUUGUCUGGGCAAGACUGCAGUUUGAGGAACGCUACAACAACGCCAUUCGCCAACUCUUGUUCAGCUUGCCGAAGGAUGCGGUUACUAGCACUGGUCAACCGUUCUGGAGUGGUCCGAAGAGGGCGCCCGAUCCAUUGACAUUCGAUUCGAGCGACCCCACUCACCUCCAAUUCAUCAUUGCGGCUGCAAACUUGCAUGCAUUCAACUAUGGCUUACGAGGAGAGACGGACCCAGCACUGUUCAAAAAGGUCGCUGAUUCGAUCAUUGUGCCCGAGUUCACACCAAGGAGUGGUGUUCAGGUCCAGAUUAAUGAGAACGAGCCCGUUCUCAACGCUGCCAGUGCCGAUGCUAGUGAUCUGUCCAAUUUGAUGAAGAGGUUGCCCGCUCCUUCAUCGCUGGUCGGAUAUCGUCUCAACCCUGUGGAGUUCGAGAAGGACGAUGACACGAACCACCACAUCGACUUCAUCACCGCAGCGUCCAACCUGCGAGCAAUGAAUUACAACAUCCAGCCUGCAGAUCGUCACACCACCAAGCAGAUUGCGGGCAAAAUCAUCCCCGCUAUCGCUACGACGACAUCGCUCAUCACUGGUCUGGUGUGCUUGGAGCUCUACAAGAUCAUCGACGGCAAGAAGAAACUUGAGAGUUACAAGAAUGGCUUCAUCACCCUCGCGCUACCGUUCUUCGGCUUCUCGGAACCCAUCGAGGCCAAGAAGAACAAAUUCAAUAACACUGAAUGGACCCUUUGGGAUCGUUUCGAGUUCAAGAACGAUCCGACGCUCAAGGAGAUCAUGGACUGGUUCCGGAAGGAGCACAAGCUCGAUAUCAGCAUGGUCAGCCAAGGCGUCAGUAUGCUGUGGAGUUCAUUCAUUGGCAAAAAGAAGAGCGAAGAACGUUUGCCGAUGAAGUUCAGCAAGCUCGUCGAACAGGUCAGCAAGAAGCCUAUUCCCCCUUACGUUCGGCAUCUCGUCGUCGAAGUCAUGGUGUCUGAUGAGGAGGGCGAGGACGUUGAGGUGCCGUUCAUCGUGGUACACCUGUAG